UACAAGAUCUGAGUACUUUCCCCCCCUCUGGUAGUAUUGAAACUUUACUAGCAGACCCUCUCACAUCAGGUGAAGGAGGUUUUUCAAUAAACUACUUCUGAUCUAUUUCAUUAAAAGAACACCACAUUGUAAAAUGUGAAGGCUAAAUAAGACAUGCAAAAGCCCAAUAUCCAAAUUGUAUUAACAUCAAAAUACAGCACAUUAUGGCUAAAAUGAUAUGUAUGAUAUUAUUAAAAAAGUCAAAUUCAAGUAGUCCAAUAUUAUACGGUACUUAGUAACAUUCCUACGUCAUACUUUACUGUAGAUAACUGAUUUUCAUCAAUAUGAAAGUUGUUUCAGCUAUUAAUUUACAACAGAGAAAGGAACAUUUAAAACACUCCUUUAAAUAGAACCAUAUCUGUGGAAAUGUGCACAGCAUUUUCUGUGCUUGAAUGUAUGUGAAUAAUGCUUCAUCAUGAAGUAUAUUCUGGAAGGUCAAAUGCAAGAGUGUUAAUGUCAACCUGAACCCAAUAUCACGUCAUGUUACAGAACACAAUUCCCCUAGCUGUAAAAAAGUGGCGGGAUAGCAUGUUAAAUUUGAUGAGGUACAGCAUUUGUAAACUUCAGCCCCCUGACCCCUGGUGUGAGUUUGUUUGAUAAAGAGACAGUAAAAAGAGAGUUUGACAGCGUGAGUCUUUUAUGGGAUAUUGGCCAAUAUGAUGUUUUAUGUAUCUAUAAGGAGCUUCAAGGCCAUGUUGACGGUUGGUGGUUUCGAAACACUGCAAACAGAAUUACAGGAUAAUAUUUCUUGGACACACUAGAGGCAGAAAAUUGUCCAUUAAGAUGAAGUGACUACAUGACUGAAGCACCUCGGCCUUUCAGUUCUGACAAAGUGUAAAGAGGUAAAAGCUUUAUGAUGCUGCACUUAACUUCGAUUUCACUCGCUGCAGUCAUUUCCCCAAACCACCACGCGCUGUUUCCCUUAAAAGAGAGAAUUUGUGAAUUGUUGUUUUUUGUCUAAAGUAUGCUGUUUUAUUCAAUUUACUGCAAACAUUCCCCCUUGAAAACCUUUAAUGAUCUGUUCAGAGUAUAACUGAUGCAUAUAUUUUGUGGUACUGAAUUAAUUCAGUAAUAUUGAAACAUAUCUUAGAAAUCAUUGAGAGUAUUAGAAGUAUUUCUAAAACAAACAUUUUUAUUUGGUUUGAAUGCUCCAAAUGUUUAUUUAUACAACUGGAUUAAAAGAACAUACAUGCAAAUUAUAACUACUAUAUAAAGCAAAUUAUAUUCUGUAGUACAUCUAUAUAGACAUUCAAUUAUAAUAGUUAUUAUACUCUUUUCUAAUUCAUUCACACACACCUCACAUCUAAUAGACCAAAACAUAUCGGAAAAAAGGAACAUCAGGUUCUUGUCCACUAAGUAAUCAUAUAUAUCUCAUAUUAAACCCUAGUACAGAGCUCACUGAACGCUUAGCAGGCAGCUUCAGUAUAUUUUGCACAAAAAUGCACAAUCAUUUGGUUCUGCAGUUUAUUCCAGUCAGUUUCUUUAUGCCUUAAAUACUUACUAUAGAAAACAUAUCCACUGCAAACAGUCCUCAAUGCAUGCCCUAAUAUUACCGUUUGGGUAACAGUGGAUUAUAACUACAAUGCACAGCUGUUUUGGAAAUGUAUUCUUCAAAAUGAAGUAUAUAUAUAAGGACGUGUCUUUGGUAGGAAGACAUGGGAAUAGUGCUGAACGCGUCAGACAAAAUGGGGACAGACAGUGUAACAUUUGGAUUUGGUCUUUUCAUGGCAUUUGUUGACCAUUUUAAAUAUAAAUGAUCACACAGUUGUAUUUAGGAAUACAUACAAUGUUUACACAACACAGACAAACAAUUAAGGUAGAGAAACUUGAUUGUGUCACCAGGUCACUCUACCAGACAGGACAAAUUGCCAUAAUAAUGCAUAACCUGGUUGAAGUUGACUUUAUAUGUGCCAAUUUCAAAAUGCAAAUAAUCAAGUAAAAAGGACAAAACUAUUUUGUAUACCAACUUAACAAUUAUCUGUCACUCCUUAUACAAUGUUAUAAGUUAUAAAACACGGGAAUUACUCUUAUCACGUCUCAUCAUAUUCUAGAGUUUUUGUUAAUGCAAGCUUGUAAAGAAAGACCUUGAACAAGUAAAUGGUGAUCUCUUUGCAGACCAUUCACAAUCCAAGACAAUAAACUACUUCAAAUAAAGGGAUUAUACUUUGAAACAAUAAUUUUUAUUUGAUUUUUGACGAGUCUAGGGCAGUAAAAGGGUAGGGCGCGACCGCAGGGUCAUUGGUGAAGAGUUCGUUGACCUGCUGAGCCGUCAGCAUUCUGCUCAGUGCUGGAGAACUCCAUAAACGGCCGUUUGCACAGGUUAUUGCCCUCCGUUGUAGUCAUCACAUUCAGUUGUAAUUACACUCUGGUGUCAUCACAUGAAGAUGAGGGAGGUGGCGAGAGGCGUACGGUAUAUAACCAGGGAGCAGUCUUGGUCUCAGUACCUUGCUUUUCCCUCAGCUUACCUCAGCAUCUCUCACGCCUCCUCACACCAACACCACCAAAAUGGCCUUCGCUGGAAAAUGGGAAACUGAGAGCCAGGAGGGAUAUGACGCUUUCUGCAAGCUUCUUAGUAUCCCAGAUGACGUGAUUGCAAAGGGCCGUGACUACAAGAUGGUCACAGAGAUCACCCAGGACGGCAACACCUUCUCCUGGACCCAGCUGUACCCCGCCAACGCCAAGGUCACCAACACAUUCAGCGUCGACAAGGAGGCCGACAUGGAGACCAUCGGAGGAAAGAAAUUCAAGGCUACAGUCCACAUGGAUGGAGGCAAGCUGAGCGUGAACUUCCCCAACUACCACCACACCUCUGAGAUCGCCGGGUGCAAGCUCAUCGAGACCUCCAUAUCUGGCGCUGUAGUUUUUAAGAGAACCAGCAAGAAGAUCUAACUUACUGGUGACUGACCUAUGACCUCUUAAACAGUUACAAUGGAGACCUCAGCUACUGCGUUCAAUAAACUAAGAAUAUGAUACAAACAUAAA